GGGGGGGCGGCGCAGCAGCAGCUCGGCCGGGAGCACCAGGGCAUCACCCUGCGCGGCAGCGCCGAGCUCGUCGCCGAGUUCUUCUCCUAUGGAAUCAACAGCAUCCUGUACCAGCGGGGCAUCUACCCCCCCGAGACCUUCACCCGCGUGCAGAAGUACGGGCUCACCCUGCUGGUCACCACGGACCCCGAGCUGGCCAACUACCUCAACAACGUGACGGAGCAGAUGAAAGAGUGGCUGUACAAGUGCAUCGUGCAGCGCCUGGUGGUGGUCAUCUCCAGCAUCGAGAGCAGCGAGGUCCUGGAGCGGUGGCAGUUUGACAUCGAGUGUGACAAAACUGCCAAGGAUGACAAUGGACCACGAGAGAAAUCUCAGAAGGCAAUUCAGGAUGAAAUUCGCUCUGUCAUCAGACAAAUAACUGCCACAGUAACCUUCCUGCCACUCUUGGAAUCUGCCUGUGCCUUUGACUUGCUGAUAUACACGGAUAAAGAUCUGGCAGUGCCAGAAAAGUGGGAAGAGUCAGGACCACAGUUCAUAGCCAACUCGGAAGAGGUGCGGCUGCGUUCCUUCACUACCACAAUCCACAAAGUCAACACCACAGUGGCUUACAAGAAGGAUCCUGCUCCCUAAGAUACCAGGGAGGCUCUGUGUGUGUAAAUAAUCACCUUGUAUAGUUUCUGUUCAUCAUGCAGCUAAGCCAAGAACACAUCAUUACUGUCCUCUUGAUGAAGUAUGACACAAAGACAACGUGCCUGUCUCUGAUAAUGUGAUACUAGACUAAGCUCGGCAUCAUUUUCAGAGAUUUUAAAAAGGUAUUCAUGGUCAUAGUUCAAUUCUUACUUUACUAAUGGUGUGUUAAACCACUGCCUCUGCUAGAAACACUGCCUAAAUCUAGGAUGAGCUGCUAGAAUUGUGUUCAGAUCCUCUAAUUUUGUAUUUUAAACUUAUUUUAAAACUGCUUCCUGGUAGCAGUCUCUGUAGCAACUAAAAUAAUCUCAUUCCUACUGUGCCAGUUGUCAUGUUAAAAGCCUGGGCUGUUUUAUUACCAGAAAUAACCCUGAAACCAAUCAACCAAGCAAUUCUUGUACCUCUCUACAAUGGAAGCAGCUGUUUAUCAGGAAAACUUUAAAUACAUGAAGCCUUGUAUUUUAAUGACUACUGGGCUCUACUACUGGGACAGAGUUGUUCUAAGUCUGUGUACGUUUGUAGUGUCUGUCCAGCACUUUCUGUGUUUGUAUUCUUGUUUUACAGAAUAAAGCUUCAAGUUUUAUAGUAUUCUCUAAUUCGGAGUCUGCAGUCCUCUUUAUUUCAAAUGGUUUUAUGAAUGUUACAUCCUAGUUGACAGCUGUCACACACGUAACACCCAAAAGGCAUGCUCCAUGUUGUUACUUAACUGCUUCCUUCCUGAGUCUCCAAGUGAUGUGCAGUCCAUAUGAAAUACAUUCAUUAACAGUCUGAUCCCACCUAGGCCUUCAAAUAACAAUUUAAAUAGUCACAGUGAACUAAUGACUAAGCACAGUGCCUUCCAUAUUUAUUAAACAGCACUGGAGUCUUCAUCUAUUCUUACCCAUUUUUGCAGUAGAAGAAAUAAGGGAUUUAAAACUCUGGAACUUUCAGACUCUUCCAUGGUUUUGUUC